AUGGAAGAACCCUUAUGCCUAAUCGAUUUGGGAUAUGGUUUCUUCACUGCCAAAUUCAAUAUCAAGAACAGCAAAGACAUUGUCCUACAAGGUAGGUCAUGGAUUGUAGCUGGCAGCUUCAUCUCUAUAUGGAAAUGGGAACCCAACUUCGUCCCAAGAACUUCUAAGAUCGAUUCCACUGUGAUUUGGGUCUGCCUCCCUCAAUUGCUUACGAAAUUCUACGAUCGAACAAUUUUGGAGCGGAUCGGUCGGAGAAUAUGGAAACUCCUCAAAGUGGACUCGUGUACAUCCUCAACAAUUCGAGGUCGUUAUGCUCAAAUUUGUAUUCAGGUCGAACUGGGUAAACCGGUCAAAACCUCAGUGACCAUUGGCAAUCACAAGCAACUACUCGUGUAUGAGGCCGAAAGAAUCCUUUACAAGUUGUGUGGGUGUUUAAGUCACGUCGCUAUGUCUCGCCCGAAUAAGAAAGUGUUUCCUUCGUCGGAGAAUUCUUCACCUCCAAAGACUUCUGCCCCCAUCAUGGAUCACAAAGAGGAAUGGAAGAUAGUUACUUUCCAGCGAAAAAGGAAUGCUAAGAAAUCAACUGCGUCAAACCCCACUCCGGCUAAUCAUAAUCGAGGUAACGGAGUGAAGAACGCUAUGCCAGAGUAUGCCUCCUCGCAGAGAUAA